CUCAAAUUCGUACAAACUCUCCUUAAACCCUAAAUUCUCUCCCUCCAAUUGGGUCUCUCACCCAACCCACUUCGUCAGCUUUCCACCCUUCACCGCUAGCAGCCAUGGUUCUAAGAGAUGAUGUGGCAGAAGGUUCAUCUUCUCCUCAAGAGUCUGAUGAGAAAAAUGAAGCUCUUUCACUAGAAGAUAUCGCUUGGGUCGAUUCUUGUUUGAUCAAAGAAUCUGAAGUUUCUGAUGGUAACUGGAAUUCUGUGACUGAUGCUUUGCUAGAAAUUCUGAGCUCUAAUCCUGGUUUGUAUAAUUCUGCAUCUGUUAGUGAUGAAUGUCCUCAAGAAAAAGAUGUUGAGAUGGUUAAUUCCACCGAAACUGCAGAAGAUGGUCAGCUUUCGGGAACAAGGGCAGAAAAUGAGGAUGAGUCUCCAAAACAUGUUAACAGUCUUCUGUCCAUUACCGAAGAAGCUGGAAGUAGCAGUGACAUUUCUCCAAUAAGGGACCCUAAUGAUUUGCAGUCACUCUCUUUUGUAGGAAAUCCAUUUUUGCCAACCUACAUAGAAGGCUCAAGCGCAACUAAAACUAUCGAGUUAGAAACUGAUCCGAGUUAUUCAGUGGACGAGAUAGAACCGUUAGCUGAUGAUAUCUUCAAGGUAUGGGAUUUGAGUAUUCCAUCAGAAGAAAAUGUGCUUGACAAGCAGUUGAACAAGAUCCUUGAGGAAAGUGACCCUCAGUUCAAACCAUCAACUCUUAAUGAUUCCGAUAUCCAGAAAGAUUUGAAAGAAGUCUCACUUGAGGAUGUAAUUGCUGCAAUCGCGGGUAUCUCUAUAAAUAAAAAAUGAAAACUCUAGUUAGGUAAAACAAAGAGAAAAAGAAAUCCAUGUUGCUCAUUUUUCUUCUUGUCACAUAUAGUGACACUAACAAGGGCAUUUGGUUUCAUAGAGAUUAGAAUAGUGUCCUCAUUUCAGAGUGUAAUUCUCUGUAUUUAUGGUGAAAACAGAAGUAUUUGAGAGUAGGUGGUAAAAAAAUUAUUAAUGAUUAUUAGGUUUGAACCUCAAAAUAAUCAUCUUGCCAAAUUGCCUUUACCACAUAACUACAGCCCUAAAAUGUGUGUUGAUGCUUCUUUAUUGUAUCUAUGGUUUGGAUACUUUUCUGGGCAAUUUUUAUUUUUAUGAAUUUUUUAAAGUAAAAUUUAUAAAAAUAUGAUUUGUUUUUUUGAAAAAUUAUUUUGUGGGUCAAAUUCAAAAAGAGAAUUAAAAAUAUGAGAAAAACAAUUUAGGGUAACCGGUUACUAGGAGGUUACUACUUACCUCUACACUUUGUUUUUGAAUUUUCUUGUGAAAUAACUUUUUUGUGUUUUUUUUUGGAAUUUUCAUACCACAUACUGAAGUUUUCUAUUUUUUUUUUUCUUUUUUAUUGUGGGAUAAGAUUUAAAAAAAAAACAUUCUGUAUUGUGUUAAGUUUUCACUGUUGUCUUUUAGUUGUUUUACUGUAAAUUUUAAUUGUUCUGUUUUAUUGUUUUACAGUUAUUUUAUAAAAAUACAGUAUUUUUGUAAAAAUUUUCGAGUGGCAGUAAAAUUAUAAAUUUUUGUUCAAAAUUCAACAUUUUUGUAAAAUCUCUUUUUUUUUUUUCUUUUGGGAAAACAACUUCAUUUUUUACCCCCACCACUAUUUUUAAUGUUUGAAAUUUAUUCUUCUCGUCCAUGUCUAAUUCUUUUAUAAGUUCUUUUCAGCCUCAUGUUGGUUAACAACUAGCCAAGAGUGGCUGCAACCACCUAAUAAGAGCUUCUAAGGUUCUAUUAUUAAAACAACACACACAUAGAUUUCAAUUUUCAACCACUUCUAGUUGACAAAGAAUCUACCUUGCAUUAGUCUAAGACUAAAUAUUUAUUAAAGGGUCCCAAUUCAUGACAUGUCAUAUAUUCAAUGGUUAUGUGGCACAAAAAAUCAUAAACACUAUGACAUGGCUACAUAAGAACCGUUUACAUAACAAAAUUACAUCUCAAAUCUUAUGAUUAAACCAUAGCCAUUUGUUACUAAGAAGCAAAGAUACAACAAGUAAAGAAGGAUUACAGCCUCAUAUUUACUUUUCCAGAGGAAUCUCCCAAAAACUAUUGUUUGUUUGGAUUAUUAUAUAGGUUGAGCAUGAUACAUUUGUCUUCUACUCUAACUGACUCAAAAAUAAUAUCACAAUUUUUUUUUCAUUUUUUUCCCAAAAUCAAUAUAUUAAAGUCAUUUUAAGAGGUGAGCAAGAAACCCCAUGUAUGAACCACACUUACUUUGAGGCUGCCAAGUCAGCAAGUUAUCAUCCACUUGGCGAAACGGGACUGGUUAGCUCACAGCAGCCUCAUAUUGGCCAUCCUCUUUAGAGCAGCAUCACCUAGGCAACUAUAAAAAAAACAGACUAGUGAUAUGAGAGUGAAUGCAUUUGUGGCUUUGCCAAAGGAGAGAAGAUAAGAUAACAAGAAAAAUUCUUCUUUCUCUCAAGUAAAGUAAAAGAAAGAAAGAAAGAAAAAAAUGGCUGCAACCUCAGCUUCUCUCCUCAAGUCAGCUCCAGUUCUUGACAAGUCUGAGUGGGUUAAGGGACAGAACCUUCGCCAGCCUUCAGUCUCGGUUGUUCGGUGCCUCCCUACCGCCUCAUCUGCUCUCACCGUGCGCGCUAGCUCCUAUGCUGAUGAGCUUGUCAAGACCGCGAAAACUGUUGCCUCACCAGGGCGUGGAAUCUUGGCCAUGGAUGAGUCAAAUGCUACCUGUGGGAAGCGUCUGGCCUCGAUUGGCCUAGAAAACACUGAGGCCAAUCGCCAGGCUUACCGUACUCUCCUUGUCUCAGCCACUGGACUUGGAAAGUACAUCUCUGGUGCCAUCCUUUUCGAGGAGACUCUUUACCAAUCCACUGUUGAUGGUAAAAAGAUGGUUGAUGUUCUUAAGGAACAAGACAUUGUUCCUGGUAUCAAAGUUGACAAGGGUUUGGUGCCUUUGGCUGGUUCCAAUGAUGAAUCAUGGUGCCAAGGUCUUGAUGGCCUUGCUUCUCGCACUGCUGCUUACUACCAACAAGGAGCUCGUUUCGCCAAAUGGCGUACUGUUGUGAGCAUUCCCAAUGGCCCAUCAGCUCUGGCUGUGAAGGAAGCCGCUUGGGGUCUAGCCCGCUAUGCUGCUAUCUCCCAAGACAAUGGUUUGGUCCCAAUUGUUGAGCCAGAGAUCUUACUUGAUGGUGAGCAUGGUAUUGAUAGGACUUUUGAGGUUGCUCAAAAGGUUUGGGCUGAAGUUUUUUACUACCUUGCUGAAAACAAUGUCUUCUUUGAGGGUAUCCUUCUCAAGCCAAGCAUGGUUACUCCUGGUGCUGAGUGCAAGGACAGAGCCACACCCGAGCAAGUCGCAGACUACACCCUCAAGCUCCUCCACAGAAGAAUCCCCCCAGCUGUUCCAGGAAUUAUGUUUUUAUCAGGUGGACAAUCUGAAGUUGAGGCAACUUUGAACUUGAACGCCAUGAACCAAUCACCAAACCCGUGGCAUGUGUCCUUCUCUUAUGCUAGAGCUCUUCAGAACACUUGCUUGAAGACAUGGGGAGGCAGACCAGAGAAUGUGAAGGCUGCUCAGGAGGCACUCCUUAUCCGAGCCAAUGCCAACUCGCUUGCUCAGCUAGGCAAAUACACCGGCGAGGGAGAGUCAGAAGAGGCCAAGAAAGGAAUGUUUGUCAAGGGCUACGUUUACUAAGCAACAAUAUGUUGAAAAAGCUUUGUAGAUGAUGAAACAAGAGUUUGGUCAAAAUUGAAAAAUGAAAAAUGAAAUGAAUUGUAUUGCUCUAUAUAGCUCCAUGGAGGAAAAGACUAUUUUUGUUAAAUGAUGACAAUGUCCUUUUUAGCAGCUUAAUAAACUUGUUCCUGGUGAGUUUA